CAUGACUUGCUUCAGACAAGUUUCUUAAUUGUUUUGGCCUCAGUUUCCUCAUUGUAAAAUGGAAUAAAAAUACUAUUGAUAUCAUGGAAUUGUUGUGAAGAUUGAGAUAAUUUCAAGUUCUUAGUACUAUGACACAUAGUAAGAGCUCCACAUGUUUUUAAUUAUUGUAAGAUGCCACUAAAUCAAUAGUUUAGCUGGUGUUCUAGCCUCUUUAUUAAUGUGCUUAAUAGGAAUUAUAAACCUCUUUCCAAGUUCGCUAUCAUUAUUUCCUUUCCUUCAUCUCCUUCUUUACUUUAAAACCUUACAUGAUGACAUAUUUCUCUCUUCAAGCUAAACAUACUCUUAACAUUUCACCCAUUACAACAUUUGUAAGGACUUCCUGAAUAGAAAAUUUAAAAUUUAGUUGUUCCUUUUAGUUAUUUACCACACUUUCAGUUGGCAAUUUUCCUGUAAAGUUGAGUGGUCUCACAGAAGCAGAUUUUUUUUAAAGUUACAAUAAUGCAGUCUACUUCCCAGCAUAAGUGGGUUAAGUGCCACCCUGGCUUGGGCUGGGCUUAAAAGCAAAGGCAAAGCCCCAAGACAACCAGAGAGGAAAUACUCACAUAGCUUAUUGGAUAAAUACAGACCACCCUCCCUGCUCUAACUUGUGCUGUGGAGGACAGAGCACCUUUGAUGCAGAUCCUUUGAACCAGCAGGACAUCUGUGGGAUACUACCUGAUACAGGCAGCCUUCCUGUGUUAUCCUGGGGACAAUGUGGGCCUGGGUGCCAUGGAUGCUCCCUCUACUCUAUAAAUUUGGCCUGGCAGUUCUGCCAGCUAAGCCUGAGAACAUUUCUUGCAUCUUCUAUUAUAAGAAAAAUUUUACUUGCACCUGGAGUCCAGAGAAAGAAGCUAAUUUUACAUGGUACACAGUUAAGAGAACUUACAUUUAUGGACGUAUAAGUGAUACCUGUAAUUCUACAAGUGAAAGGGGUUCUUCGUGCUCUUUUCUGUAUCCAAGAAUAUCAAUACCAGAUUAUUCCACCAUUCAAGUAGAAGCUCAAAAUGCGGAUGGUAUAAUUGAAUCCGAUAUAACACAUUGGAAUUUAAAUACCGUAAUUAAAACAGAGCCACCUGAGAUUUCCAGUGUGAAACCAAUUUUGGGCAUCAAACGAAUGGUUCAAAUAAAAUGGGCAAGACCUGUGUUGGCACCUGUUCAUUCUACUUUAAAAUACACACUUCGAUUCAGAAUGGUUGAUAGUGCCCACUGGAUGGAAGUCAACUUCAUGGAAGGUGUUUUUGGAGAAGAAACAUUCAACCUCACGGGACUGCAGGCUUUUACGGAAUAUGUCAUAGCUCUGCGAUGUGUGGCUGAAGGGUCAAGGUUCUGGAGUGACUGGAGCCUAGAAAAAAUGGGAAUAACUGAAGAAGAAGCUCCACAUGGCCUGGAUCUGUGGCGAGUCCUGAGACCAGCCAAGGUGGAUGGAAGAAGGCCCGUGCAGUUGUUGUGGAAGAAGGCUAAAGGAGCCCCAGUUCUGGAGAAGGCACUUGGCUAUAACAUAUGGUACUUCCCAGAAAACAGCACUAACCUCACAGAGACAAUGAACACCACUAACCAGCAGCUUGAUCUGUGUCUGGGAGGCAAGACCUACUGGAUAUACGUGAUUUCUUAUAAUUCUCAUGGGGACUCUCCAGUGGCCACCCUGAGGAUUCCAGCUAUUGAUGAAAAAUCAUUUCAGUGCAUCGAGGCCAUGCAAGCCUCCCUCACUCAGGACCUCCUGGUGGUGGAGUGGCAAAGUUCUGCUCUGGAGGUGGAUUCAUGGAUAGUUGAGUGGGUCCCAGACAUGAACUCAGAGCCCUCAACCAUUUCCUGGGAAUCUGUGUCUGGGGCCAGGAACUGGACCAUCCAGAAAGAUGAAUUAAAACCUUUCUGGUGCUAUAACAUCUCUGUGUAUCCAAUGUUGGGAGACAGAGUGGGCGAGCCAUAUUCCAUCCAGGCUUAUGUCAAAGAAGGCGUUCCAUUAAAAGGUCCCACGACAAGGGCAGAGAACAUUGGUGUGAAAACAGUCACGAUUGCAUGGGAAGAGAUUCCCAAGAAUCAGAGAUAUGGCUUCAUCAACAACUACACCAUAUUUUACCAAGCUGAAGAUGGAAAGGAAUUCUCCAAGACAGUCAAUGCCAGCAUCCUGCAGUAUAACCUGGAGUCCCUGACACGAAAGACCUCUUACACUGUUCAGGUCAUGGCAAGCACCAGUGCUGGGGGAAUCAAUGGCAGCAGCAUAAACUUCAAGACAUUGUCUAUUAGUGUUUUCGAGAUUUUCCUUAGAACUUCUCUGGUUGGAGGAGGCCUUCUUAUUCUCAUCAUCUUGACAGUGGCAUAUGGUCUCAAAAAACCCAACAAACUGAAGCACCUGUGUUGGCCCACUGUCCCAAACCCUGCUGAAAGCAGUAUAGCCAUGUGGCAUGGAAAUGAUUUCAAGAAUAAGCUAAAUCUGAAGUUUAAUGACUCUGUGAACACAGAAGAAGACAGGAUUUUAAAACUCUGUUCUGCCCCCAGUGACUUUAUUGACAAGUUGGUGGUGACCUUUGAGAAUGUUCUGGAAGAGCUUUCCACAGAGGAACCUGAAAAGGGUCAGGAAAACACUUUGGGAGGGGAAAAGAAUGAGUAUGUGACCUCCCCGUAUAGGCCAUAUUGUCCCCCUGUUUCAACCGAGACCCCACCCAGAAGAUCCCAGCACCCAUGUUCUGGGAUGCCAGAGGGGACCUGCUCAGAAGCCAGAGAGCAGCAUCUCCCUUCGGCCCAAAGUUUAGGGCCAGACCACCUCUGUGUGGAUGGCUCACCAAACCCAUACUUGAAAAAUUCGGUGACAACCAGAGAAUUUCUUGUGUCUGAAAAACUUCCAGACCAAACCCAAGGAGAACCCUAAAUGCCGUCGUGGCUUGACUCCCUCUGCAUCUCAGUGUGGGUGACUCACAGAAAGAAGACAUCAGGACUUGGUCAGAAGAGCUUCCUCGGCAUCUCCCCAUCCUGCUCGUGUUACAGAAAGCCUUGCAUCCUGCUGAGCAGCUCGUUGAGCUGGGUGGGCACAGACGGGCAGCGUGCUUGAGAAGAAAGGAUGGUGAGGAGCCCGAGCACUUUGCAGAUGGAAAGCAACGUGUUUUCUUUUGUUCAGAUAACAAGCUCUCACUGAGGCUCUGACAGAUUGACUUGGAGGGGCAGUGGACCCCAGAGGGCCUUCCCUAGGAACUGGGCCAUGGGCAUAGCCUUUGCUGGGGCCACUCCUCAUGGUUCCAGAAGAGACUUGGCCUGUUACCAAGAGACAGUUGUUUAGUCAGCACUUGAGCACUCUGGUGGAAGGCAAGGGUCUCUCCCUUCACCUUGACCUUCUGGGCUCCAAGCUCCACCUCCAAAGCUGCCCUGACAUCAUUUUAGAGAUUAUGUCUAUCUCUCAGCAUAGGGGUGGGAAGUGGGGGGACUUCCCAGUGGUGCACCUGAAACGCCUCAUUACCCUUCUUAAAUCUCAAGUGUCUGUAGCAAUGCCCCACUAGGUCACUUGCCCUUGGUCUGCUCCACACCGGUGGCUGGCGGGUUGAGAAACGAGAGAGGGCCUCUGCUGAGUGCUGGGGAAUGGACUUUUGCCUGGCUGGUCUCCAGGCCAUUUUCCAGCCCUGAAAACAGUUCCUGGAGGCCCUUGCUGCCCCUCCAUCUUGCACCCAAGCCUGGGAAUAGAAAGGCACCAGAGACUGCAGUGGCUUUUUACAGGGACUCUGGCCCCUCACCCCUGGCUCAGAGCCCAGGACUGCUUACUGAACACACCCUUCAAAGGCCUCUUCCCAGAAGCAGCUGAGCAGGGCCUGGGGACCUGCAGUGCUUAGCAACUUCACUGCUCUAAUACCAGGACUCCUAUCUUUCACCCGCCAAAGCCCAGCCAGUCAGUGACGCCUUUAGCCCAAGUGCUGAUGGCAGAUACCUGGGAACUUAUGGCUGGCUCUGGGCUCAUACCCUGACCACAGUGACAUCAGAUGACUUCCUGCUGUGUGGCUGUGACUCAUCUGGCUAUUGGGAGAGGUCACCGAAAGCCUGGUGAGAUGGGAGCAGCCGGCUGCAGCCUUGCCAGAUUGAAAGGCCGAUGGUACAUUUCCUAAGUUUGAGAAGUCAGUGCUUGUGUAGCGGGCACAAACUUCACAAGCCACCAACUCAGGGGCGCAAAAACAUCACUACUUGCUAUAACAUUAACUUCUAGCCCAAGCCCCUGACCUUUUAAAGUAACUGCAGCCCAAUGUGGUGAUUCCUGAGUUGCCUUGGGUUUGUUAACUUAGUCACAUUUGGUAUUUUGAUGCCCUGUCCACCAGGAACUGGGUGUGUGCAUCACAGGACGUUCAGGGGAACAGUACAGUUUUGUCUCUCAUUUGGUACCUGCCCAGCACUGGUCUUGGAAUGUGCCUUUGGCUCCUUCCUGUCCCUGUCAAGUCACCGGCCCCUUUGCUCAACCAAUUGCUGCAAUGAGCUGGGGGACGCAGUGGGGGGUGCUUUCCCAAAGCUCUCUCCUCAUUAAGUCUCAAGUGUCUCCAGCACCCCCACCCCCAAAUUCUUCACUCCUAGUUUACAGAAGAGCAACUACUGAUAAAUCAAGGAGUGAGGGAAGCCUGGAGCAGGGCACUGGGACCCCGUGGCCUGAGAGCACAAAGGGACCAAACAAAAGGGAUACCCAGGAUUCCUGGCUGUGGUGGGCUCUCUCUGCCCUGAUAUCUCCCCACCCCCAACUGUUGUGCCCCAGGCACGUCUAUGACCCGCCUGCCCCCAGAGUUCCAGAUGUGGUCCUUUCCAGCCUACUUCUGAUUUGUGAACUUACAGAAGGUCCUCGCUUUGUACCCCACACCUCUCCUCUCUCUCCUGUGACCCUCUGCCACCUCCAGCUGGUGGUGGGGUGGGGGGGGAAGUGCGCAGAGUGGGUCUCCCUAAGCUUGUUUGUCUCACACCUGGAUGGGGCUUUUGAGCCUCCACUCCAAGGGUCUGCUGGCUGGGGAGAGAGAAAAGGCCGCAGGCGGCUUCAGUGAGUGGGUUUCAGAGAUGAAGAUGUUACCCUCAGCUCUCCCUCCCUUAAUCAUUUCUCAAAGCCUGAAGCAUCUUCUGAUGAACAUUUGGCACAUACCAUACCCCUGGCCCUUCCUCUGUUUCAUUUCUUCUUCCCUUUUCUCACUUUCCUUCUUGCCUCCUAUCUUCUGCUUUUUUCCCACUACUCCCAGCAGCUUCUCAUCCUUUUAACUCUUCCUUUUUUUUUAAUUUCUUGUUUCUGUUUUUAUUCCUUUCUCCCCUUUCCAUCAGCCCCCUUUGGUCAUUUUCCAAAUUUACUUUUGCUUCCUUUGGGGGCUGGGAAAAUUGGGGCUCUCUGGCUCUAGAUGGCCAAGGUGACUUCGUAGGAGUUAGCACUUGCUGCCAGUAAGAGGAGCAGGUGACCCAGGACCCCAGGAAGUACAUUCAGUGCGCCACACACUUUGCUUUCCAGAGCAGAUUAUGGGACGUGGCCUAAAAGAAGCCACUGGUGACCUUGCUCUCUUGGAUCCAGUCAUGAACUAUUCCUGCUCCCAGGGUCUUGAGCUGGCUCUGUGGCCGGACGGAGAAGGCCAUCUGCAUUUUUUUCUCUGUUACUGUCAAACAGAUAUUGAGAGACACAAACAGGAAAACUUGCGUUUUUAGUAAGGUCACCGAUAAAAUUCCCAUUAGAGUUUUCUAGGGCUCUGGGAACCAUACAAACAGCUCUGUUGGUGCCCUAUUAAUAGCCUUUCUUUUACAAUAAUGUCAGAAACAUUUUAAAAUUAUGGCAGAGAAGCCAAUCUGUGGUUAAAAAAAGAGAGAGAGAGAGAGAUACCUUCAUUAUUUCUCUGGGAGGCUGCAAUAAAACACAGUAAAAACCAUGUGGGAUGAGGGGCUGGGUGGGGGUGGGGGUUUGAAAGAGGCAGGAGAUGGGGAGAGAAGGGAGAGGUCUGUCAUGGGUCUAGCCAUCGCCACGGCUGCUGUCACAUCGGGGGAGCAUGUGCCCAGACCCUCCUUAGGGGAUUCUGUCACCCUCUCCAGUGGCCCCUGGUUACUACUGAUGCUACAGGCAUGCUUCACCCCAAGAGUUGGCCAGCCGGCUCUAGGACCAAAUCUGGGCUCUGUUUUUGUAGGGCCCAUGAGCUAAAAAUGAUGCAGACAUUUUAAAAGCCUGGAAAACAAAAUUGAAGGAAGAAUAAUGUUUGAUGACAUGGGAAAAUUCUAUAGAAUUCAAAUUUCAGUGUCCAUCGCUGAAGCUGAAUUGGAACCCAGCCACACCCAUCCUUGAAUACCGUCGACAGCUGCUUUCGCUCUACAAAGGAAUUGAGUAAUUGUGACAGAGUUUCUCUCUGUGACAAAGCCUAAAAUGUUCACCAUCUGGCCCUUUACAGAAAGUUUGCUGACCCACCCCUGUGUAGUCCACAGUCAUGGGGCUCAGACGGCACAGUGUUUUAACUUUGAAGUAGCUGCUCGUGGGGAAAAAGAAAAAAUCAGGCUCUGUCAUUCUGGAUUUCUAUGGGAAUAGGGAUGGCCCCCUUAGAAGGGCUCACACCCUCUGGCUCCCGCUGCCCUCACAGUCCUGGUCCGUCCGCUGCCCUAGGCUAAGCUGGAGAGUCCGUAGCUAUUCAUCACUGACUCCAGUGGUCCUCCACCCCGGGUCAUUUUGUCUCCCAUCCCCAGCUGGCAGACAUGUGGCAAUGCCUGAUGUUCUUUUGGGAGGGUACCACUGGCAUCUAGUGGUAGAAGCCAGCAAUGACGGUAUACCUACCAUGCUCAGAAUGGCCCUGCAACAGAGAAUUACCUGGCUCAAGGUGUCAGUGGUGCGGAGGUGAGAGAUCCUGGCUGAGCUAACCUCUGCCCUGGACCCACAGCACUUGCCAUGGGUGCAACUCGGCAUCCAUACACAGCUCUAGGUGUCCCUCCUUUUUUUUUUUUUAAUUUAAAUUUUGUUUUGGACUCACCUUUACAACAUCAACAACAAAUAUCUCUAAAUCCCAAUUAUUUGCAUCAUUCUUAUUAAUUCACUCCUGAUAUGCUCUGUGUGUCCCUACACACGUUUUCAUCUAGUUGCAAGGGAUAUAUCGAUUUGUUGGUGGUCUCCCCUUAAUAUUAUUUCAUGUGUAGAAUUCCGAGUGUGAAAUAGUUCACAGUGGCCAGGUGGGACUUCUUGGUGUGCCUGCAUGUUGUGGUUUGCUAAGGAUUGUUUUAAAUGUCCUCCUCGUGUAGAGAGAAACUUCACUGAACAUGUCACACAAAAUCUUCUUUUUCACCUUUCUCUCCAUUCCUUGGGGAUCUUUCGAGAAGUAGAAUUGCUGGGUCAAAGUUGUAUGGUUACUGCAUGACUGUGCCCACCCAAAGCUACACUGGUUUGCCAUAUCACCAGACCUGUCGGAGCUAUCUUUUUGUCCUUUUUCACUGAUAAUCAGCCAUUCACCGCUGUAACCUAGAUUUUGUCAAUUUACUGGGUAUGGUUAAUGAAACUUCAGAGGUAUUCACGUUGCUUAAAUCAUUGUGAAGCUGAACUUUUCUCAUCUACAUUUUAUCGUCCCCAUGUCUGCCUGUCGACAUUACAGAAUCUUCUAUUUCUAAGCUCCCAGGGGCACUGAGAGAUCAGCUGAGCUGCUAGAAAUUAGAGGUACUCAGCAGGACCUGAGAACAGUUGUCGGACUUUGUCAUUUGGUUGACUCUUUAAAAUAUGUGGGUUUUGUAGGGCAUUUUCAAAGAGAAAUUUAACACUGAUGUAUUUUGUUCAUUGUUUUAUGUAAACGUUAAUUAGCGACAAGGCCUGUUUGUGAUCAAAGUAUGUGUUGUCAGCAGUGUUGUGCACUCUUGUUGGGUGGGGGUCUGGUGCAGAGCCUGACAAGGUCAUCAGCAGGCUUCGUUCCUGCAGCAGCUUUUUCUGCACACUGGAGUCAGUGGGCAGAGAUUGCUCAGAAGCACAAACAGCCCCAGUCCACAUUUGCAAAAGCCUAGAGGCCACCCCUCCCCUCAGCUCAGAGCUCCUGCCGGCCGCUCUGUCCCUUGCUGCCAAGAAAGGCCUGGGAGAGGUAAGGGGAGGGAGUCCGCAGAGCACAAAGCCAGUGUCCACAAGCCGAGCUGUUUGAGGGGAUCUGCAUGCUGGGGCUGCUGAUUCUCUUUUUUGGGAAUGGGGCCCUCUAUCCUCCCCAACUUCACUACAUGUGUAGAGUGAAAUGCCAGGAACGCAUCCUGAGGCCUGGGCUUUGAAAUGUAAAUCAGUGUGCAAACCAGAAUGAUGAUGACAGUGAAGACAGCUGACCCUGUGUACCAGGAAAUCUGCCUCUUUGUGAGCUGUGCCUGUUGUCUUUUCCCCAUAUUGUUCCUAUGUCGAUGCAACAUGUAAUGCAUGUGCAUGAAAGUUGUGUAUCCUAAGGAGAGUAGGAAAAUGUGGUUAUUGUAACGAGAACCAUCUUUCAAAUGCUUUGUUUUAAGUACAUUUAGAUUUUGAUCUUGCAAACAAUAAAAACCCUCAGAUGUUU